AUGGCAUCAGACGAGCGAUCGGAGGAUCCACCACCAACCGAUGCGCCUGCGGAUACAGUCAUACAAGACCUUCCUCCUCAAGACGGCAGCUCGGACGGCGAGCGGGAUGAACGCACCGCUCGAGAGAAACUGAAGAAAACAUCCAUCGCUGGACUAGCACAGUACUCCAAGGUGAGCAAGGCGACUGGAGACCAUCCUCUAGGCGAAGUCGCUAAUGCCGAUACCACAUCCGAUGCUCAAUCCGACAAUGGACAGGCAAGAGGUCGCCCUUCUAAGAAAAGAUCCUUCGAUGACUUGCAAAAUGAAGAGUCAGGACCCAGUGUGGAGAACGGAGGAGCUCCCUUGCCAAAGAAGGGCGCCCAGCACAAGAGAAUGCGAUCUAGAGAGAUACCUGAACCCGCUGGAGAGGCUCAAAAAGGCCUGGACAUAAACGAAGAUAUGGCAAGUCCAGUGCAGGAGGAAUCCGACGCAGAUGCACAACAAUCUCCGGGUGGGCCAGGAGUAUUGGUUUCGGCGCCGUCAAAGGAAGAGAUGGAUGCCGCUGCCUCUGCCCCUACUACAGAUGUGGAGGAUACAACAGCAGCUGACACACUGCCGAAUGUCACUGCUAUAUCAGAUGAGAAACCCGCCACAGCGACUACGGGAGCCCCUCCAUCUGAGCAAGGAUCAAAAACUCAGAUUCCAGCCUCGUCCGGCUUCGCCAACGCAUCAUCAGCUUCUCCGUUUGCUAGUUUCAAGUCUCCUAAGUCUCCAGAGAACAGCACCGAGUCUUCAACACAACAUUCAAGUAGUACAACCUCGACGUCGGCUUUCGCUUCUUCUGGCUUGUCAGCUUUUGCUUCAUCCGAGAAGUCUCCCUUUGGCACUGUAGGCUCCACUGCUAAAAAUAGUGGCGGCUUCGGUGGUGCGACAACAUCUGCGGGCUUCGGAUCAUCGUCGGGUGGAUUUGCGGCUGCGUCACCCUUCGGAAGUAAACCAGCCUCAGGGUUCGGUGCAGGCGGUGGCUUCGGCUCGGCCGGUGGCUUUGGUGGCGGCAGUGGCUUCGGGGCUACCUCGAAGCCAUUUGCUGGUGGUCUUUCCUCCUUCGGCAGCCCGUCGGGAGGAGUAGGCACGUUCGCCAUCGCCAAGCCGUUUGGAUCAAAGAACGAUCAAGAUGACGAUGAAAAGCGAAGCGACGAAGGUGGCGAUGAGGAGGAAGGAGCGUCGCAGGCGGAAGAGGACCCCUCACAGGACCCCCGAUUCCAUCAGCAAGAGCUCAACACGGGCGAAGAAGAGGAAGAAACGAUCUUCACCUGUACCGCCAAACUCUAUCACUUUGAGAAGGAAUGGAAGGAAAGCGGCGUCGGCGACUUCAAAAUCAACAUCCGCUACGAAGUCAGGUCCACACCUGCUGCCGAGUCAUCAACCGAGGAAGAUGCUGCAAAGGACGAUGAGAAUAACGAGCAAGAUCUCGAAGCAGGGCGAUCUGAGUCCUCGAGCAGACUCGAACGCAAGGCACGGUUGAUCAUGCGAGCCAGGGGGACACAUCGGCUGGUGCUCAAUACGCCAGUGUUCAAGGAGAUGAUCGUCGGCACGGCCGACGGCAAGGAACCAACAGGGAAGACCAUGCACCUCACCGGACUGGAAGGGGGAAAGCCUACUGGGUAUCAGAUGAAGGCAAGUUCUCGAGAUCCCUACAAAGGCUGA